GUGCCUGCAGCUUUCUCUGUCUGCAACGGGAGCAGCCGACACAGAUGCUUGUCAGCUCCUCCUGUCGAAGUAACUCAUUGGUUGGCGGGGGGCAAUGACAGGCGACUCGUCCGAGGAUCAAUCACCGCCGAUGUCACUUACACAAUCACAUACAUGGAUGGUGGCGGCCGCAGAUUGCAGAAUAUGUCAUCCCACAUUUGGCACCAGCCAACUUCGCGCCGACCGAAUGCCGCUACACUUUGAGCUCGCGCCAAAAACUAACAGCGCCUCUCCGAAACCGAUGGAGCGAAGCUGUUUUGCGCAGUCGCCGAGCGGCUGAAUCCCGUUGUCAUAGUGGCUUCUGGUGUUCAAACCCCGAGCCGGGAUUUGGCCCACGAUCAUGCAGCACUCACCGACGGACAAACUCCACCCAUCCCGAACAGCAUCUCCAAUAGCAGUAAUUCUCUGGGAAAUAUGCCUCGAAGGUGUGGAAAUGCGCAAUCGUCCAUUCCGCAAUGGACACUGGGAUGCUGGCCGAAGGAGUGCGUCCGUUGCCGACCUCGAGUCCCCCCCCGAUCAAAGUCGUCGCCGGAUAUCGAGUCGCCAUUGCCUGCUUGCCGUCGUGCUUUGCAAUCCAUCCCAUGAAAGGAAUGUCGGCUGAGUUUCUGCAGCUGUAAAACACGACGAUAUAUGGAGUUGAAUAAGGCCAAGUCACUUGAGCACAUUUCAAUCUGAAUCGAACAAGGUCCACAGCUCUCCGGCUCCCGCUCAACUGACCCUUUCCAACUGUCCCACGCGCGCAAGACAGGUUUGCCAUCCUGCAGUCUGCCUAGUCCCACCGCCAACCAUGGAGACCUCCAGAGAAAACAGGCCAUGGCUGGUGCAGAAGUACGGUGGUACUAGCCUUGGAAAACUCCUCGAGUCGAUCUGCAGCAAAAUCGUCCCAUCCUACCUGCGAGACUACAACCUGGUUGUCGUCUGCUCGGCCCUCUCCGGUUCCACCAAGUCGAGCGGAACCACAAGCCUGUUGCUUGAAUGCGUAUCACACGCUGAAGCCGGACUCUCUGCGCAGACGCUGCUCAACAAGAACAUUGAUGCUAUUCGGGAUAGUCAUGUCCGGCUCCUCGAGAAGCAUCUCGUCAAUUCUAAUGGCACAAGAAGCGACUUGUGUAACGAUAUCUUCGACUCCACAAAGACACUCAUUGUCAAAGAAUGCGAGAGCCUUCGCGGCUUCCUUCUGGCUGCACAGAUCAUCGGGGAGCUAUCUCCAAGGGCACGGGACCGUGUCAUCGCUCUCGGAGAGAAGCUUGCGUGCAGAGUUGUAGCCGCGUUUCUCUGUAGCAGAAAUAUCCCGGCCGAACCUAUCAUCCUGGAAGACAUAGUCGAAGCAGUGUUCGGUGCUAGUGUGUUCGACCAGAAGACGGCACUGGACAACCUCGGUCCCCGGUUCUAUCACCUCAUUGCAGACGAGAUCACCAAGAGGAUACAUGACUGCGGCGACCAUGUCCCCAUCGUCACCGGCUUCUUUGGCAUCAUGCCAGACUCGCUGCUCAAGAACGUCGGUCGGGGAUACUCGGAUCUAUGUGCGGCCAUGUGUGCUGUGGGAACAAAAGCGGCGGAACUUCAGAUCUGGAAAGAGGUUGACGGGAUCUUCACGGCGGACCCGAGAAAGGUUCCGUCGGCAAGGCUGUUGUCCACAGUCACGCCGGAGGAAGCUACAGAGUUGACGUACUACGGCAGCGAAGUUAUACAUCCCUUGACGAUGGAUCAAAUACGUUGCGCCAAUAUCCCCUUGAGAUUGAAGAACGUCUUCAACCCGACGGCAUCCGGGACGAUCAUCUACCCUUCUCGAACACCUUCUCCGCCCCUUACCCCUCCAACACCAACAGACGAGAAAGUCGAUGUCAAAGUCCCUCUACCCUCCAUCGACUACAUGCUUGGUAAUGGCUAUCACGGCGAUCGGCAGGAAAGAAGGCGGCCUACAGCUGUUACGGUCAAAGACGACAUUCUCUUGGUCAAUGUGGCUUGCAAUAGGAACACAAAGUCCCAGGGGUUCUUGUCCGGCGUCUUCGAUCGCCUCGAGGAUGCGGGGAUCAAGACGGACCUCGUCACUACCAGUGAGCGCAGCGUGAGUCUCGCGUUCCAGCACUCAGAAGAAGGCUCUUGUCAACAUCAGAGGUUGAGAGUUGAGCUGGAGAAGUUUGGAAAGGUGAUUAUCACAGAAAAUAUGUCUAUCGUCACUAUCGUCGGACAUAAGAUGAGGAACAUGGUCGGCAUAUCAGCAGAGAUCAUGUCUGCCCUAGCAUCAGCCAAGAUCAACAUCUUCAUGGUGAGCCAAGGAGCGAGCGAGAUCAACAUAUCCCUCGUCGUCCGCGCAGAAGACGCAGUCCUCGCCAUGAACGUCAUUCAUAGCAAAGUUCUCCACAUCCCGACGCACUGGGAACAGGAGACAAACUUCAUCAAAGGUGCGGAGACCCAACAGCAGCAGCAGCAGAGGGCCCGGCGGGCUGGAAACGUCAUCGUCGGGUCUUUUUACCGACCACCGCCGCUUACACACCCCUAUUCCAGGUCCAUGGCUUUACUGACGAGGACGAACGCGGCGGCGGUGGUGGCGACGGCAGCGGGACGUGAUAGUCGGAGGAUGAGUCUUGGUCGAGGUACCGUCGGGCCUGCUGAGGAGGCUGCGUAUCGGUAUAUUGUGAAGAGGUGGUUGAAGAAGAGGAAGCAUGUUUGAGUUUCCCAAGGAGCGAUGAACUGGUUAUUGAGAUGCGGAUGUGUUCUUAUCGUUGGGUUUCAUUGUUGCUUCUCUUUGUUCUUUGAUGAUUGGCAUUGAGUGGCGUUGCAUGGCGAAAGAUGGGGGACAUGGCCUGUUUCGUUUUCUGAAGAUAUCACCAGAUACCAUUAAUCGAUAUUUUCAUUCUGCUAGGAA